UUCCACUUUCUCUAAUAACAAAACUUUUUAAUAACUAAAAACAGAAAGCGUAGAAAGACUGGAAAAGACGACGACGUCUCCUCCUUUCUCCGUGCCGUAUUUGCCAAAGACGCCGAGACGACUUUCUGUACAAAGAAGAAGAAAGAACAGAAAAACACAAAAUCCCGAAAAUCCAUGAAGAAGAAGCAUCGGAUUUCUAGACUGUAAAUUAUUGGUGUUUAAGUAAAAGGGUGAAAUUUCAGCAAGUCAAAGUCCAUCAGAAAAAAAAAAACGAAUGGCGGGUAACGAUGGAUCAUCAUCCCGAGCUCCGGCGAGGCCGACCAUAAGUUUGCCGCCGAGGAGUACGAUGGAGAGUUUGUUUACGGGUGGGUUGAGCGGUGCAAGCCCCGGCCCGAUGACUUUGGUGUCGAACUUUUUCAACGAUUCGGACCCUGACUGCCGCCCCUUCUCUCAGCUACUCGCCGGCGCUUCUCCGGUGCCGGUUCCGUCUGUCAGGCAGAGGUUUCAGCAGAAUGAGAGUUCGAAUCCCGGGGGAAAAGAGGUUGGCGGCGGCGGCGGCCCUGAUGCGGAUUUUAUGUUUAAGCAGAACCGGCCUGGUGGUUUGAUGGUUUCGCAGCCGGCGAUGUUUACUAUACCCCCCGGUUUGAGUCCUGCAACCUUGCUUGAUUCGCCGGGGUUCUUCUCGACUGCACAGGUACUUAAGCGAAAUGAUGUUGUUAAGCGAUUUUGCUUGUUCCAAUUCUUCAUGAAUGUUGCUAAUCACAACAUUUUUGAACUGUUCAAUUCUGAAAUUGAAAGUUUGAGUGUGAUUGUGUCCUGAAUUCCCCCUUUUCUGCCAAUCCAAGCGUCUCGGUCGAUGUGUUGACCAUUGUUUCGCCUGUAUUUUGCUGAUAAUCAUAGCUUAGUCAUGAAGUGAAGUCAAUUGUUUAGUUCAUAAAAUGAUGGGGAAUUAUAAAGUUACUUUCUUUGGUUAAAGACAGCAUUAGCUUUAGACUGUGCUGGUGUGUUGCCUUCUUUUAUCAUAUCAAUGAAGAUCAAGAUUAGGCCAUUUGAAUCUCCUCCUUUUAGUAGUUUCUGUUUUUAGAUACAUGGAUUUAUAGAUUUUGGUGCUUUGAUUGUUGGUAAUGAUGGUCAACUAAGCUUCGUAUUGACUUGGAGAUCCUUCUAUCUGAAUGUUUCUACAGCAUACCUGUAGGUUUUAGUUUUUCCCCAUGUGGAAUUAAUGAGGUUCCUCGAGGCAUUGUCUCACCACCCGUUUAGGAAGUCCCAUGUGCACCAUAAUUAUUUUCCCUUUUCUGGUAUGUUAAUGUUUCCAGCAUUAUGUUUGUGAAUUGUGUGUCAUACUUGGAGAGGUGUUCUUGGGGGUUGGAGGACAAUGAUCUUGGUAGUCGUCAUAUUUAUUAUCUCGAGCUCAGUUCUUGGGAUCUUCUGUUUUCUUUUGCUUUAUGUUCGUCCGUGUGGGUGAAGGUUUUAGGGGUUUGUGGAUUGCUCUGCUUAAUUUUACUAAACUUGAGCUUUUCUUUGUUUUCCGCGACCUGUCUGAACUAUUAAUUUGUAGUCUUUUGAUCGAACAGGGCCCUUUUGGAUUGUCCCACCAGCAAGCUCUUGCUCAAUUUACGGCUCAGGCUAACCAAGGUCAAACCCAGUUGCACAUGCCUGCUGAUUAUCAAUCUUUUUUGGCAUCUUCUGCUCCGUCUUCAUCACAGAUUCAGUCGCUUAGUUCCAGUGCAACUGCACACCAGCAGAUGCCUCCCGCCAGGUCAGAUCCUAAUAUGGAGAAAGAGUCAUCUGAUGUUCCCUAUCUGGAUCAGAGAUCUCAACUUCCUAUCACAGUUGAUAAGCCCGCAGAUGACGGCUACAACUGGAGAAAAUACGGGCAGAAGCAAGUGAAGGGAAGCGAAUAUCCACGAAGUUAUUACAAAUGUACACAUCCCGGUUGCCCAGUCAAGAAAAAGGUUGAAAGGUCUUACGACGGCCAAGUGACUGAGAUCAUUUAUAAGGGUCAACAUAACCAUCAGCCACCUCAACCCAUCAAGCGAGGGAAAGAUACUGAAAAUCCAGAUGGAACCUUAAAUGUUCAGGGGAACUAUGAAUCAGGGUCAUCUAUCGCUGAAAGUAUGAAUAAGUACAGGGAGGGUUUACCUUCUAAUUUAUUAUCAAUGAGAGAUCAGGAAUUCAGCCAAGCUACUCCGGAACAGACUUGUGGAUCUAGUGAAAGCGAGGAAGCAGGUGAUGCUGAAACUGGAGCAGACGAAAGGGAUGAUGAUGAACCUGAAUCAAAGAGAAGGAAUAUCGAAGUUAGGUCAUCUGAGCUUACCUCAUCCCACAGGACAGUAACAGAACCUAGGAUUAUUGUUCAGACAACCAGCGAAGUUGAUUUAUUAGAUGAUGGCUAUAGGUGGCGGAAAUAUGGCCAGAAAGUGGUUAAAGGAAAUCCAUAUCCAAGGAGCUACUACAAAUGCACAAGCCAAGGAUGUAAUGUCCGGAAGCAUGUGGAACGGGCUGCUAGUGAUCCAAAAGCCGUCAUAACAACAUACGAGGGUAAACAUAAUCACGAUGUUCCUGCAGCCAAGAACAGCAGUCACAACACAGCCAAUAUGGUUUCACAAUUAAGGCCACAAAACAACAUACUCAAUAAUCAGCCCACAGCUCCUAGACCACAACAAGGAAUAGCAAGUUUACGGUUUAAGGAAGAGCAAAUUACAUAGGUGGGAUUGAGUCACUAUCAGGUACAGUAUCAAAACACAGGUGGUUCAACGGAUGAAUUCAUCACACGGAUGGAUGGCGAACUGAGAAACUAGCUGUGGAUGCGAGUGGUUUGCUGUUUGCGCUUGUUUUUUCAUGUCCGAAUUGGUUUCAAGGUGGUAUACGGUAUACGUAAAUUCCAAAACACAAAAAUGACACGGGGGGAUUUAGUUUAUACAAAAAAAAAAAAAAAAAUUUCUAGUGAAUGGAUAAAAUAGAAAUGGUUUUGUAAAUUGACAUAUUUUUAUUCCCUUUGACGUGUAGUGUUGGUAACGCAUUCUUUUGUAAAUUGCUUUUGAGUUUGAAAUCAGAAAACACAAUCUUUGAGCUUUUCGUUGCUGAAUGUUGCCAAACCCUGCUGUCUUUGCUGAUAGCUACAUUUGUUUUCUUAUUAUUUCCCUUGUACUCUUGAGACUAUGAAGGUGCGACGCAAGAAAUAUUUUAUUUUGAUGCAUUUUUAUUUUUUAUUUAUUUAUUUAUUUAUUUUUUUGACAAGAAUGACAAUUUCUAUUGUUGACUGACCACAACAUUACAUAGG